CUGGAACAGCGACAAAAAAAAAACGAUCACCAACAGACGGUUUCAAGCUCCCCGCGACGGCAGCAGCCCCUGUUCGGAUCGGCAAUGUUGAGGAUGGAUGUAGCCUGCUAGAAAAAAAAGACACCGGGGCACAGUGAGAGAGAGAACACUACUGCUGUGUAGCUAUGGAGAUCGUAAGUGGUCGCUUUCUUUGACAGGUGUCGGAACCGGACUGAAUAAAAGUAUCGAAACCAGCUUCAAGGAUGUACGCCAAGGGGAAAGGUGCUGUUGUGCCCUCAGAUAACCAAGCAAGAGAAAAGUUAGCGCUGUACGUAUAUGAGUACCUGCUGCAUGUAGGAGCACAGAAGUCUGCACAGACCUUCUUGUCGGAGAUACGAUGGGAAAAGAAUAUUACGUUAGGGGAGCCUCCUGGAUUCCUGCACUCGUGGUGGUGUGUAUUCUGGGAUUUGUAUUGCGCUGCGCCGGACAGACGGGAGAACUGCGAACACUCCAGCGAGGCCAAGGCCUUCCAUGAUUACAGUGCGGCAGCAGCCCCCAGUCCUGUGAUGGGGAAUAUGCCUCCUAAUGAUGGUAUGCCAGGAGGACCCAUGCCGCCUGGAUUCUUCCAGGGUCCGCCAGGCUCCCAGCAGUCUCCUCACGCACAGCCCCCCCACGGCAUGGGACCACAUGGACAGCCUUUCAUGUCACCACGGUUUCCAGGUGGACCCCGCCCCUCACUCCGAAUGCCAAAUCAGCCUCCAGGGGGAAUCCCAGGGUCUCAGCCUCUCCUGCCAAACAGCAUGGACCCCACCAGACCACAAGGACAUCCUAAUAUGGGCGGGCCAAUGAGAAUGAACGCUCCAAGAGGAAUGGGGCCCAUGGGUCCACAGAACUACGGGGGUAUGAGACCCCCUCCCAACUCCAUGGGUGGUCCUAUGCCUGGGAUGAACAUGGGACCUGGUGGUAGAGGGCCGUGGCCUGGUCCCAAUGCUAACUCAAUACAAUACUCCUCCUCAUCUCCCGGCCACUAUGUGGGUCCUCCAGGAGGAGGGGGGCCGCCCGGAACUCCCAUCAUGCCCAGCCCAGGUGACUCCAACAACUCCAGUGAAAACAUCUACACUAUGAUGAACCCUAUAGGACCAGGAGGAAACAGACCCAACUUCCCUAUGGGCCCGGGGCCUGAUGGACCGAUGGGAGCUAUGGGAGCCAUGGAACCUCACCACAUGAAUGGCUCACUAGGCUCUGGGGACAUGGACGGGUUGCCAAAGAACUCUCCUAACAACAUGGGGGGUAUGAGCAACCCUCCCGGGACGCCGCGGGACGAUGGAGAGAUGGGUGGAAACUUCCUCAACCCAUUCCAAAGUGAAAGUGCUUCUAGGACAGCCCUGGGGCAUGCUGGGCCUCUAGUGAAGGCGGAGCUUCCCGACGCUGUCUGUGGCAUAGACAGGAAACAGAGACACAGGAAGUCCCUACUCUCUAACCCCGCUCCCUGCCUCUCUGACUUCUUGUCAGGCUCUGGACAAUGAGAGAGGGGAUGAUGGAGAGACUGGAUAACAUGGACACCCUUCAGGACACAGCAUGGUAGGGUUCUGUCAGUAGCUGUCUGGAAGCUCGACAAACAUUACAUUGGCAUUCGCUUUUAUUUUGAUGUUUUUAUGUGUUUCUAAUGGAUACAGGGGUGGAACAGGAUCAUGAAUGAUCCCCUUUUCCCUAUGUAGUGCACUACUUUAGAGGAAUAGGGUGUCAUUUGGGACCUAGACAUGGAAGUGUCGUCCACCCCCCUCCCCUCGUUCACUCUGUGUAUACAUUUAAAAAACACAAGUGUUGUGAUGUUUUCCAUUACUCUGUAUGUAAUGUAUUAUUGCUAUUCUUUUAUAAUAUUUUAUUGUUCUGAUUAAUAAUAUUGUUAUGAUGAUUCUGGUUAUUUUAAAAUGUAGGAUUUAAUUUCUGUAGUUUUUGUUGUUGUUGAAAGGACACACACAGUGAUGACCUCUUCGUUAGUAACUUCACAGGAUGGUGAACCUUCGCUAGUCUCCUUAAGGAAAAUACCACAGGAUAUACACGAUCUACUGCCCCCUCUUUGCCCAGUCAGAGGGCAGCACCUUGGUCCAUCGUGGUACUUUAAAUUGUAAUUCCCAUAGUAAUGUCCCUCUCCAUCCCCCUGAGAAGGUGUAUUCUCUGUAGUAGACUAAGUGACCCUGAACAUGCAGAGGAUGCACAGUUGUAUUUAUUUGUUUCAUUUUCCAUUGAGACAGACUUAUUGUCAACCUGUUCUGUCUGCACACUCUGGAAUCACUCUGCACCAAUCAGCAUCCAUCUCCUAGAGGAAGACAUCUUGGAAGUGUCUGGUUUUUGUUUUGAUUGUAUUUUUUACCCAGAGGGCAGUUCUGACCUUCUGUGAAAUGAUUCUGAUUGGAUGCUUAAAGGACUCUUGUAACAGAGCUGAGCCAAUCAGUAGGCGGUUUGGCAGUUGCCAUGGUAACUGCCUGUUAAGAUCCCCCAAAAGGACAACAUUUGUCCUUACACACACAACCAACCAGUCGGCCUACCUAUGCCACCCCCCUCCCCAACCAACCAGUCGGCCUACCUACGCCCUCCCCAACCAACCAGUCGGCCUACCUACGCCCUCCCCAACCACUGCUCUCUCCCUUUGUGAUGUCUGUCUGUCUUUUGGUUUGUUGUAAAUACUGUAAAGGGAAUUUUGAUAUCAUGACAUGUUUUGAUAUUUCCGUCACAAUCAAUGACUGAUGAGAAACGAGUUGAUUCAGACCAACUGGGUAUGAAAAGAGACGGUGUGUGUUUUUACAGUACCUCACUGUUUAUCUCUGACACAACUAGGGCCAGGAGCAACCCUCUAUAUUGGAUCAUUACUUAGGGAGCUACAACUAACGUUAGAGUCCAGAGUGUUUCCUGUCCAGGUCAAGCUGUUAGGGAAAUCUCCUGUCCCUAGUAACGAUAGAUGAAAAUAAGGUUUUCUAUUAAGGAUUUGUUUUCUGUAUUUGAAUUGAGAAAGGAUGUAAAAACGCAGGUUCUUGAUGAUAUGAAGAGUGUUAAGGGGGUGUAUUUUGAGAUACUGCUGUAUAGGUUCAACUCUGAACCAUAUUCACUCAGGGCAAAUCUGAAAUGCACCCAAUUCCCUAUAUGUAGUGCCCUACUGAAGCCAAAAGUACUGCACUACAUAGGGAAUAGGGUGCCAUUUAGGAUGUGCCCUAGUUGGCACCAGUGCAAAGUGUUUCUGUUAUUGUUGGAAGAGGAUAAUUCUAGGACAACAAACCAUGAAACUGUUUCUGUUUCUAAAAUGUGAGAUAUAUUUACUUACCAUAACUAGGGCUAUGACUUUUUAUGUGCCCUUGUCAGUGGAGGCUGCUGAGGGGAGGAUGGCUCAUAAUGUCUGGAAUGGAGCGUGGAACCGCGUUUGAUCUGUCUGAUAACAUCUCACUGAUUCUGCUCCAGCCAUUACCACAAGCCUGCCGUCCCCAAUUAAGGUGUCCCACCGACCUCCUGUGGUCCUUGUCUUUUCAUGUGCUCAGGAAAAACUCACGGCCCUACUCAUUACCUUCAUUUGACCUUUCUGCUCUGCCCGUACCGAUCGAGGACUUAUCUUUAUAUAUGUGACAGCAUGGGCAGUACCAUUGUGGCUACAACCCAUAAGAAUCCCCAUCCAGUUGCCUACUUUAAUAUGGCGGAAGUAUGGUGGAAGCCCUCAAUGGCGCUGCCCAUGCUAACACAGCAUUUUGGCCACUAUAGGCCUCUAUCAUUCUCUAUGGCACUACCUUUUUCAAGUUGUGUUCCCUGACCAUGUGACCUGUUCAGGCAAACCUCCUGGCCCUAGUUCUUCCCUUCUGAUCAUGAGGUGUCAAACUCUGCACCGGUGCAAACGCCUCUCCUGUAUGUAAAAUCAACGUUGUCACAUUGUUGGUCAUUUCUGUGUUUCUAUGGUGAUGUGUAAUACUGUUUCAUUCUGGGAGGGUUGAAAGGAGGGGGGGGACGGAGGGUAAGGAAACAUGUUUCUGUUCCUUGGGGUGUAUCCAUCUCGAUCGUCUAAAGGAGAAUCUUCUCUCCUUUCACCUGCACUGAUGUGAAAGAAGAGAUGAUGUGAGGAGAGGAAGCCACUUUGGACUGAGAUGCAGACCAUGUUUUUCUCUGGUGACAAAGCAGUAUUGAAGACGAGGCAGUCUGUUUCCCGGUGCCAGUAUUUCAGAACUUUUAGUCCAUUACAAUGAUCCUGUGUUUUUAAAAUUCUGUUCACCCCUUUUGGAUUGGGUGCCUCGUUGAUUUGAAGAUCCAACUGAAAGAGAAAUCUGACCGAUCUCUUGCAGUGCUGUGUAUAUAAAUGAUUCCAUUUGUUUGGAAUAUUGCUAUAUUCAGGUUCUUUUCAAAAGCAGGGGGACCAUAAUCUAAGGGGACAACACGGUAUCAUGCCAAUCUGGAUGAAACAUUGUGAGGAACUGCCUCCUGGGUUUGCUUUGUAUUUCCCGAUAGGCUAGUUUCCGCUCCUAAAUGUCUAGUGUAGUAAUAAAACGUUUCCUAUUUGUACGUUUUAUGUUGUAAUAACGUUUCUUUAGAGACUGAUUAAAAAGUUGAUUAUUGAGAAAAAGGUGGGAAGUCUUGCAUCAAUAAAUGUCAUUUGUUUUAGGUUUUUCAUCGAGUCAUCAGUUUUUUUUUCCUGUGUCCCUCUCGUUGUAGAUGCAUCAAAAUAAAACUACUUCACUGCU